AGUUCGCGAGGGCGAAGCCUCUGCCUUGCCGACCGCCCUCCCGCGUGAUGCCCAGGCCCCCUCGUUUCCAGGUUCCAGUCAUGCCCAGCUUCAGAGCUCGUCCUGAAGAGGCAGAAAUGGAGCCCUCAGUUCCUGGACCAUCCCCUUGGACUCCUUCAACCCAGGCCUGUGUGAGUGAUGCUCCCACCGUGACUCACCCUGUACCUGCAUUCCAUGGUCCACUCUGCUACAGUGACACUGAGCUGGGAACUACUCCCCCUCACCAGCAGCAGCCAGAUUGGGACACCAGGAUUGAGGGCAAAGGGUUUCUUCAGAAGAAAGAUGUUUCUGAGGAUUUAGUAUCACAGGCAGAAAUAUCAGAAAACUGUACCAGUGAUGUUCCUGUGGUGUCUGAGCUUGGAGAACUCUGUGAGGACGUAUUAGAAAGAGACUGGGGAGUCCCUGACAACAUGAGACAGGUGCAAUCCCUCGGCCAAGAGAAGGAGCUCACACCAGUGGCAGUAUUCCUUAACAGCCCCUUAGGGGAGAGAGAGAUGGACUGUGAUGAUUUUGAGAGAAGCUUUAGUCUGAGCCCAAACCCAGUGGCAUAUCAAGGAAUUUCUGUGGAAGAGAGGCCACAUCUGCACAUGUGUGGCCAAAGCUUCCAACGCAGUGUGGACCUAACUAGCCACGAGGGGCUCCACACAUCUGAAAGCACCUUCAUAUGUAAUGAGUGUGGGAAAACCUUCAGAGGAAACCCUGAUCUUAUUCAGCGUCAGAUCAUCCACGAUGGGCAGAAGUCCUUCAUAGGUCAUGAACGUGGAAAAGCCUUCAGCCAGAAUUCAGUUCUUAAAAAUCAUCGGAGGUUGCAUGUGAGUGAGCCCUAUCAGUGCAGCGAAUGUGGGAAAGCCUUCUAUGUGCAUUCAAACCUCACUAGGCAUCAGGUCACCCAUGGUGGAGAGAAGCCUUACAUUUGCAAUGACUGUGGAAAAGCCUUUAGCCAGAAUUCCAGCCUUAAGAAGCACCAGAAGUCUCACAUGAGCGAGAAGCCCUAUGAGUGCAGUGAGUGUGGAAAGGCUUUUAAGCGGAGCUCAAACCUUACCCAACAUCAGAGAAUUCAUUCUAGCGAGAAGCCGUAUGUGUGUAACAACUGUGGGAAGGCCUUUAGGCGGAGCACCAACCUCAUCAAACACAACAGGAUUCACACAGGUGAGAAGCCUUUUGAGUGUAAAGAGUGUGGGAAAGCAUUCAGCCAGAGCUCACACCUGAGGAAGCACCAGAGGGUUCACACUGGAGAGAGACCUUAUGAGUGUAAUGAGUGUGGCAAACCAUUCAGCCGGGUCUCAAACCUCAUUAAGCAUCACCGGGUUCACACAGGAGAGAAGCCCUAUAAAUGUAGUGACUGCGGGAAGGCCUUCAGUCAAAGUUCAAGUCUCAUUCAACAUCGGAGGAUUCACACUGGAGAGAAGCCUCAUGUUUGUAAUGUGUGUGGAAAAGCCUUUAGUUACAGUUCAGUGCUCAGAAAGCAUCAGAUAAUCCACACGGGAGAGAAGCCCUAUGAAUGUGGUGUCUGCAAGAAGGCCUUUAGCCACAGCUCAGCCCUCAUUCAGCACCAGGGUGUGCACACAGGCGAUAAGCCCUAUGAAUGUCAGGAAUGUGGGAAGAUGUUUGGCCGUAGCUCGAACCUCAUCCUUCACCAGCGAGUUCACACUGGAGAGAAACCCUAUGAAUGUACCGAAUGUGGAAAAACAUUCAGCCAGAGCUCAACUCUCAUUCAGCAUCAGAGAAUCCAUAAUGGACUGAAACCCCAUGAGUGUAACCAGUGUGGUAAAGCCUUCAACCGAAGCUCAAACCUCAUCCACCACCAGAAAGUUCACACUGGAGAGAAGCCAUACACAUGCAUGGAAUGCGGUAAGGGCUUCAGCCAGAGCUCACACCUCAUUCAACAUCAGAUCAUCCACACUGGCGAGAGGCCCUACAAGUGCACCGAGUGUGAGAAAUCCUUCAGCCAGCGCUCGGUCCUUAUCCAGCACCAGAGGAUUCACACUGGAGUGAAGCCCUAUGACUGCACUGUGUGUGGGAAGGCCUUCAGCCAGCGCUCAAAGCUGCUCAAGCACCAGCUGACCCACACAGGGGAGAGACCCUACAAGUGUAUUGAGUGUGGGAAAUGCUUCAGCCGGAGCUCCCACCUUCUCCAGCAUCAGAGGACCCACACAGGGGAGAAGCCCUAUGUGUGUGGGGUAUGUGGGAAGGCCUUCAGCCAGAGUUCAGUCCUCAGCAAACACAGGAGAAUCCACACGGGUGAGAAGCCCUAUGAAUGUAAUGAGUGUGGAAAGGCGUUCCGCGUCAGCUCAGACCUUGCUCAGCAUCACAAGAUCCACACAGGAGAGAAGCCCCACGCGUGUCUCGAGUGCCGCAAGGCCUUCACUCAGCUCUCGCACCUCAUCCAGCACCAGCGCAUCCACACAGGGGAGCGGCCCUACGUGUGCCCACUGUGUGGAAAAGCCUUCAACCACAGCACAGUACUGCGCAGCCACCAGCGGGUGCACACGGGGGAGAAGCCACACGAGUGUGCAGAGUGUGGCCGGGCCUUCAGUGUGAAGAGGACGCUGCUGCAGCACCAGCGGGUACACACCGGGGAGAAACCCUACUCCUGCAGCGAGUGCGGGCGUGCCUUCAGUGACCGCUCGGUCCUAAUCCAGCACCACAACGUGCACACUGGUGAGAAGCCCUAUGAAUGUGGGGAGUGCGGCAAGGCCUUCAGCCACCGCUCCACGCUGAUGAACCAUGAGCGCAUCCACACCGAGGAGAAGCCCUAUGGCUGCUACGCCUGCGGCAAGGCCUUUGUGCAGCACUCCCAUCUGAUCCAGCACCAGCGGGUGCACACCGGUGAGAAGCCCUACGUGUGCAGUGAGUGUGGCCACGCCUUCAGCGCCCGCAGGUCUCUGGUCCAGCAUGAGAGGAUACACACAGGUGAGAGGCCCUUCCGCUGCACACAGUGUGACAAGGCGUUCAGCCUGAAAGCCACCCUGAUCGUGCACCUGAGGACACACACGGGUGAGAGGCCCUACGAGUGCAGCCGCUGUGGAAAGGCCUUCAGCCAGUACUCUGUGCUCAUCCAGCACCAGAGGAUCCACACAGGCGAGCGGCCCUAUGAGUGUGGCGAGUGCGGGCGCGCCUUCAACCAGCAUGGGCACCUGAUCCAGCACCAGAAGGUGCACCGGAAGCUGUGACCUCGGCGGCCACAAGCGACCCUCACACUUGGGCACAUAGAGUCCAACUCAGGAGAAGCUUCUUUGAGCUCCACAGGAAGCCCUGUAGCAGUUGAGGGUCACAGAAUAACUGCAGGGAGAAGCACUGAGUGUGUUACCCCUGGGGAAGAAUUUCAGAGGGUGCCUGUUGUAUUUUGUUGGACAUCUUGAUGUCACAUUGAAGAGGAAUCACAGCUGUAGUGAAUUUUGGUAAAGACAGCCAUAGUUCUUUAACAUCAUACAGUUUGUUUGAAAUGAGAAACUUAAGGAAAUUAAGGCAUAAGGAUUGCUGUCACAAUAAAAUUUGCUUACAUCCCACACAAAGGUUUCUUCUUAGGACAUUUCAUGCCUUCCCUGAAUACACUGAUUAAUUACUGCACUGGGAAUUAGAAUGUUGGACUAUUUUCAGUAUCUUGUUAAGCCACUAAUGUGCUAUGUGGAUGAAAAGAUAUUAAAAAGUGUCACCAAGUAG